UCCCGAAGGGCCUUCGCUCUCAGCCUUUCACCUUUUCGCGCUCGCCGGACAGCCCCGCCCCUUCUCCCGAGUCGCACCACCCAGAGCCCUCCCGGCGCUCAGGCCCCGCCUCUUAAGAGCCGAGGCGGAGGGUCAGAAUCCGGAAGAAAAACAUUCCGGCGGCGAGCGGGAGCUGGCCUGGAUCUGCGGCCGGGAGGGGGCUGUCAGGCCAGGACCGCCUGGGGCGGGGACUCGCGAGCCGGCUGGGCCGCCGCGUGGGGACGAUGGCGACCGUGAACCCACGGACGCCGACAGAACCGAAAGGCAGGAAGCUCAGCCUGCACGUUGUGACAUGGAAUGUGGCCUCUGCAGCACCCCCUCUAGACCUGAAUGAUCUGCUGCAGCUGAACAAUCAGAACCUGAAUCUGGACAUGUAUGUCAUUGGUUUGCAGGAAAAGAACUAUGGGAUCAUGAGCCUCCUUUCUGACACUGCCUUUGAAGACUCAUGGAGCAAUUUCUUCAUGGAUGUGCUUUCCCCUCUAUGCUUCGUCAAGGUCUCCUGUGUCCGCAUGCAGGGACUCCUCUUACUGGUCUUUGCCAAGUAUCAGCAUUUGCCCUUUAUCCAGAUCCUCUCUACUAAAUCUACCCCCACCGGCCUUUUUGGGUACUGGGGGAACAAAGGGGGCGUCAAUACCUGCCUGAAGCUUUACGGCUACUAUGUCAGCAUCAUCAACUGCCACCUGCCCCCACACCUGGGCAACAACGACCAGCGCUUAGAACACUUUGACCGAAUCCUGGAGAUGCAGAAUUUUGACGGUCAAGAAAUCCCCAACAUCCUGGACCAUGACCUCAUUCUCUGGUUUGGAGACAUGAACUUUCGGAUUGAGGACCUUGGGAUGCAGUUUGUUCGGGAAGCCAUAAAAAAUGAGUGUUACAGUGACCUGUGGGAGAAGGAUCAGCUCAGCAUUGCCAAGAAAUGUGACCCACUGCUCCGGGAGUUCCAGGAGGGCCCCCUGCUCUUCCCACCCACCUACAAGUUUGAUAGGAACACCAACAACUAUGACACCAGUGAGAAAAAACGCAAGCCUGCAUGGACCGACCGCAUUCUGUGGAGGUUGAAGCGGCAGCCCCAAGCUGAUCCCCACACUCACAGGCAGCUGGCUCCCCACUUCCUGCUGUCUCUGAGGAGCUACAUCAGCCACAUGAUGUACAGCAUCAGUGACCAUAAACCUGUGACCGGCACCUUUGACUUGGAGCUGAAGCCAUUGGUGUCUGCCCCGAUGAUCACCCUGAUACCUGAGGGCCUGUGGACUAUGGAUAACGACAUGUUGAUCAGCUACUUCUUGACUGCAGACUUCCUCAGCAGCCCCUGGGACUGGAUUGGGCUGUACAAGGUGGGACUGCGCCACAUUAAUGACUAUGUGUCCUAUGUCUGGGUCAAGGACAAUCAGGUCUUCUCCAGCGACAGGCUGAACCAGGUAUACAUCAACAUCAGCAAUGUCCCUGAGACUGAGGAUAAGUUUCUCCUUUGUUACUAUAGCAAUAGUCUACAUUCUGUGGUGGGAAUAAGCAAACCCUUCAAGAUCCAACCUCAUACCUUCUUGGGGGAGGACCUACCAGGUGAAGCCCAACCACAGAACUGAGCCGGGAUGAGAGUGAAUCCAGGACGGAGGCCAGAGCUGGCAGCUAGCUCUGCCUACCACUGCCAGGAGCUCUGGGGGCCCAGCCCGCCCCCUGAUGAGGUAGCAAGUAACCUCCACCUCCCGGGGGAGCUCUAGCCACACUCCUUUGCUCUCUCUAGUCUACACCUCUAGAGUUGACCACUUAAAUACAGGUUUUUGUUGCUGAGGUGUGAGUGAAACCAGCUAGUUUGUCAACAGUGAAGACUUGGGGACAGCCCACCAGACGUGGGCUAUAUCUCCGUUCCUGACUUUCCUCCCCACACACUUCCAGUCCCAACCAAGCAGGCCUACCAGGCACAUGCCCCAUCUGGCACAGACCUGCAUUCUUGUCAUGCCAUCCUGGGCCUGCUGGGGAAGGGAGAUGCUCACAUUUGUACAGACUCCAUAGACCGAUUGGCGUAAGCAGCACUGGAUUCCAGGAGUUUUGGAAUGAACAUGACCUGUUCCCCAGAGGGAUUGUGGAGGGUCUGGGAUCAUUCCUCCUCUCAGCAGAAGCAGUAUGACUAAGAUGGCAGGGUAGAGGGGCCCUCUACCCAGGCUUUUAUGUAGGGCUUAUGGGCAGGUUGCUGAAUAUCCUUCUGCCAGCACAAAUGCCUCCCCAUCUCCCAAGGAAUCUUACCUAGGAAGUUCCAGGGCCUGAGCACAUACUUGGACCCAGAUUUAUUUCUGCUUGGUCAGGCCCCCAAAUUGCCUUCUUGUGAAGGUUUGGCAGGUGGUAGAGGAGUUGUGGCCAGAGAUUUUCCCAGAGUGGUCCUUGCUAAAUAGAGCUUCUUUGCCCCUACCCUUACCAGCAGUCACUGGCAAGAAACUGCCCCUCUCAACUCUUCAGGGACCCAGAAGUGGGAGUGGGAGAACCAAAAUAUUUAGAAUCUGGCCCUGGAGGUCUUCAGAGAGCAUUCUCCAGCUGCUGCGUGGACAUGACUUGUCCUUACUCCCACCACUUGCCUCCAUCCACUUCUGAUUCAGUGGCCCUUCUUGGAGAGAACACCUCAGGGAGCCUGCACUGUGACUCUCAUGUCCAUCCUGAGACUGAAGGAUGCUCUAGUUGCUUGUAAUUUCUACAGAAGUACACAUCAUGGAAUCUGUGUGUACUAUCAAGAACUUCUCCCCUGGCUUCUUGAGGGCCGUGACUGACUGUACUCUGUUGGUUAUAUUGGAGAAUAAUUAGAAACAUGGCUUUUACACUUGUGUGUGACUCUUUGAUGAUGCUGGUGGGAAGAGGCACACGGUGUGUUUCUAGACUCCAGAACAAGGGCUCUGUAGAUCCAGACUAGACUUUGUAACUCAAAGUGACAGAUGGGAAUGUGGUGAGAUUCUGGAGUGACAGCCCUCUGGGUGCCUCACCCAGUUGAGGCACGCCAUCUAUGCUGUUGGACACUUCAUUUACUCUGCUGUUAAGCAGAAUGGGUUUUUUGGAAGUGACAACUUGGAGAAGGUGCUUACUCUGUUCCUACUGGUUCACUGUCCUCACACGCCACUUCCUUAGUCUUGAGCCCUGGUCCUGGCUUAAAUGAUCAAAAAUGUCACCUUCUUUCUCUCUGCCCUGCCUCUCCCCGAGAGAUUCCCCCUCUAUACUGCCUCCACUAUACACACACCUGAGGAAACAUGAACCCUCAUACUUGCCCACCUUGCCCCUUGUGGGGGGAAAAGAGGAUUUAAGCACAUCAUUAGUUCAGGGAAACCAAGCUCAGAGAGAGAACAUGGGCUCAUUGGAAAUUAACAUGGGCUGCAAAAACAGGAAUAGCAUCAAGACCUGGGUUUGAAUUAGUUCCAUGUCACCCACAUAGGAGUCUCAGUGGUCUGUAAAGUACAAGUAAUGUACCUAUUCACAAUAUUGUGAGAGGACAAUUAAAGCAACACUAUACCUACCACCUUGUUUUGUUUUAUGCAGCC